AUGGACGCCACGGGCCGCGGCGCGCCGCCGCCACCCCCAGGCCCGCCAGCCGCGGCCUCCUUCGCGCCUUCACCCGUGCCGCCGCCUCCGCCGGGCUCUGCCGCCGCACUUCCGGGGAUCCUCGAAGGCGACCCUUCGGGCUUGCUGCCGCCUGAGCAGGCCCAGCGCGUGCGCGAGCGCGUGCGGAAACUCUGCGGAUGGAACCGGGAGUCUUUCCCUGGCGGGCAACCCGUCAGCUUGAGCAAAAACAACCUCGCAGAGCUGUUUCGAAACCCCUAUGUGGCCUGCGAGAAGACUGACGGCAUCCGCUUCCUCCUUCUGGCCGCCUCGGGCUGCAUCUUUCUCAUCGGGAGAAAAGAAGAGGUGCGCAUGCUCCCCGACAACUACCUUCCGCGGCGCGGCCGGAUCCACGACGCGCAGCAGUUGACGCUGCUUGACGGCGAGCUCGUCAUGGACCGCCACCCCGACGGCGGCAGCGUGGCGCGCUACUUGAUUUACGACGCCGUCUGCAUCGAGCGCGACGAGUCGAUAAAGGAGUUAAAUUUGAUGGCGCGGCUCGCCGCCGUCGCCGAGCGCGUCAUUGCGCCGCUGCGGGAGCUCGAGGAAGAAGAAAAGCGCCGCGAGGGCAAAGGCUGUGACCGCGCCCAGCCUGCCGAGGCCGCGGGCGCAGAGGACGACUCCACGGCGCUGCAGACAACGAAAAAGAGAAAACCUCCGAUGGAAAUUUAUCUGAAGGAUUUUUUCGAGAUUUUCGAUCUCCUCCACAUCCAGCGGAUGGCGCUCCGCCUUCCGCACGAGUCCGAUGGCAUCAUCUUCACCCCCGUCAGCCUCCCCUACACGACAGGCACCUGCCGGCAGCUUCUCAAGUGGAAGCCGCCGCAUCUGAACACGGUAGAUUUUAGCGCAGACGCGCUCUACGACGAAGGAGGCGUCCCGAGGCUUUUUCAGCUCUACGUCGCGGACUUUGGCGUGCGGGUAUUUAAGGGCGAGUUCCUCGCACCGUAUGGCACGCUAUACAAAGAGCUUCUUCAAAUGGCCAGCAAGACGCGGCUGAGCGGAACGAUUGUCGAGUGUUUCUGGUUUCCCUCGCCGCCGGUCUACACGUUCGUCCCCUCGCUGCGGAGUGCAGAGGACCUGCGCGACGAGAAGGAAGUCUGCAAAUGGCAAGGAUGGAAUGCCGCGAAACCCUUCUACGACUUGGAUAACGGCACCUGGAAGGAGGGCGGCUGGGUCGCGGAGCGCAUUCGCACGGACAAAAACCUGCCGAAUUCCUUCCAGGUCAUGAAAAAAGUGCAGCAGAGUAUCGACGACAGCAUCACGUUUCACACGCUUCUCAGAGAAGCACAGCGAUACAGAAAUCACGGGAAAAAGACGGUUGGCGAGGCGUGCACACUUCCUCCUGAUCACACGCAGAUCACGGGGAUAUCUUGCCAGGCGGAAGGAUCAUUCCCCAUUGUAGAGCGCUAG